AUGUUUCCCCUUGUGCAAUUACUCACUCUAUAUGUGCUCGUAUUUGUCGCAUGUGAUCUAUGCAGCCUACCUUGUAAUCGAGGAUUAAAUGGACACUUUCUAGGAGACCUUCAUAACGUCGGCAUCCCCGAGUCUUGGACCCCAGAGGUUGUGGAAACACGACCCCCCAACAGCGUAGGCAUUGAAACGUCGGCCCUCGCCAGUGCCAUCCCCUGGAUGGCCUUGAUGGCAGUUGUCCCGGCGUUGCUAGCUGUUGCUUGCUGGUGGCGGAAACUCGCCGGAACCGAUGCCCUUGAUCAUGAGGAGGUUGACCUGGAAGUGCCCACCCUGGAACCAGUUCUUCUGACCGAAGAUCUGGAAAGCUCUAAGGAGGAGGAGGAGGAGGAGGACGACGACGACGAAGAACUUGACAACUUUGAUGACGAUGAUGAUGGCGAAGAGGACGAGGAGGAGGAAGAACAACUCGACAACUCUGAGGAUGAGGUGGAGGAGGAGAGAGAGGAACUAGACAAUUCUGAUGACGACGUUGAGGAGGAGGAGGAGGAGGAGGAGGAGGAAGGGGAACUCGACAGCUCUGAUGACGAUGACUGUAAUGAGGAGGAGGAAGAAAAAGAAAUUUUGGAAACAGAAGAGCUCGAACCCAUUGAGGAAGAGGCAAAGGAGGAGGAGGAGGAGGAGAAAAAAGAACCGGACGACACCAACGAAGAAGCCCAACUGCCGAGACAACAUCCAGAACAACUGGAUGAGGAACAGAAGAGGUUAGCAGAGGACCUGGAAGCCAGUCAAGUUUCAGGAAGAAAACUGGAAAGCCUGCUGGACAAGGCGAAGGAUGAGAUUGCCUGGCUUCGAAACGAAAUACUCGACAAGGAUAUUCUGAUAGGAGAGAAAUCAGCUGCGGAAGCAGAAAUGAAAAGACAAAUAGAACAUUUGAACAAUGAAAAGGACCAAUUGGAAGCUGAAAAUCAAAAGCUUGAAGAAUAUUUUGAAUUGGCUUCAGGCCGAGCUGAUUUCAUGGAAUGCUUACACCAAGAACUGAUAGAUACCUUAACGUCUCUGGAGAAUCAGUUGGAGGAGAAAAAUCAAUUGUUGAGGAAGAGAGACGAUGAGGAAAGAAAACUAAGAAGCGACUUCCAGCAAUCGAUGAUUGACAAAGACAGGGAACUGGAGACCGCUAUUGAGAAGGCAAAUGAACUGUGCCUCAGAUUGAAGGAAACUGAAGCAACCAAUCAAGUGCUUGUUUCCGAGAAGGACAUUUUGAAGAAAGCAAAUGAAGACUUUUUGGAAGCCUUGACAGAGAAGGAGAGAGCAGAAAACCAUCAGCGUGAAUUACUGCUAUGUCAAGCUAUAGAAGCUGAGAAGGGCCAAAGGCAACUAGGAGUACUGGAAAGUCACAUUUUGGACAUGAAAGAGGACCACAUGGCUCUCCAACGACAACUGCAGCUCACAGAAGGAGAAAACUCGAGGCUCAGGGAGCUGGCUACUUGCUACGAAGCUCAACUUAAAGCUUCAUGCAAAACUGCAGCUAAGCUCGAAGACAGAAAUUGUGAGCUCGAGAAAAAUCUCGCAAUUGAGACCCAAAGAAAAAUCAGCCUUCAGGAUGAGGUCCUGAUGCUAAAAGACAGAGUUCAAUCGUUAGAGUCUAUAUUGAUCCAAAAAGAAUCUCGAUUUGUCUGGGCAACAGAAGCUCUCAACAAUGAAACAGCGAAAAAUGAGAUCACCUGUGCAGAGCUUCAAGUAUUUAGAAACUGGGUCACAGAAUUAGGAGGCGAAACUGCUUUGAUUAAGGAAGAUUUGGUAGGUAAAUGUCUGGAUAUUACUUUACUCAGGAAAGAGUUAGGAGACGAAAAGGAGAAGACCCAAAUUUUAAAGGAAGAAGUCCAGAUACUGAAGAAAUGGGUCUCUGAAUUAGGAGGCCAAAAUACCAAUCUUAAGGAAGACUUAGAAGAAGCCCACCUGGUAGUGACUACACUCAAGAACUCUCUGUUUAAUGAGAAAAGGGAUGCUCUCCAUUGCAGGAAGGAGAUGGAGAACUUAUUGGAGGAGGAAAAGAAAAGGAGAGACAAACUAGAAGUUGCCCUCAAUCACGAAAAAGAGCUGGAGAGAGAAAGGAGUGAAAUGAAACUGCAUUACCAGGAGAGGCUCAAAGAAAAGGACAAUGAGAGAGAGAAGCUAAGGGAACGGGAGGAACAGCUGCAGAAGGACUUGGAAAGCGCGAUGCAUGAACAGCUGAAAUUGGAGAGCUGUUUAAAAUGUGCAGAGGGAGAGAUCUCGUCUUUGAAAAAAGCAGAAAGCAUAAACCUCCGUGAACUAAAACAAAUUGGAAACGAAUGUGAAAGAUUGAGAGAAAAGUGUCGGAUGCAAGAGGAGAAUAUAAUUGAAGAGCGCAAACGUGUCAGGGACCGCCUAAGGACACAGGAAGAAGAAUUAAGGAAUCAAGAUAAGUACAUGCUAAUGGCGCUCCUCCAUGGGACUGCUCAAAGGAACUUCCAUCUGCAACACAUUGAACUGGAGCGUAGAAACAACAGUGACGAUGAGGAACCAGAAAAUUGUGUUGAAAUAGCAGAUGGAAGAAAAGACCAUGUAACGGAUGAGGACCUACAUGACCAAGUGAAGAGGGUAGAAGAGGAACAGUACACGAAGUACUGCAAUGCCCAACGAGAGAAGAAGGACUAUGGAAAGCAAUGGGAGGUCCUAACGCAGAUGGUGGAGGAUCUUCUUCAGGGAGAUGAACAAAAACAUUGCUAA